CGGGGCGCGACGUCGGCCGUGCGGGGUCUCGGCGUCGGCGGCGCGCGCGCUCCCUCCUCUCGGAGAGAGGGCUGUGGUAAAAGCCGUCCGGAAAAUGGCCGCCGCCGCCGCUGCCGCGCCGAGCGGAGGAGGAGGAGGAGGCGAGGAGGAGAGACUGGAAGAAAAGUCAGAAGACCAGGAUCUCCAGGGCCUCAAGGACAAACCCCUGAAGUAUAAAAAGGUGAAGAAGGAUAAGAAAGAAGAUAAAGAGGGCAAGCAUGAGUCCCUGCAGCCACCAGCCCACCACUCAGCUGAACCAGCAGAGGCAGGCAAAGCAGAGACCUCAGAAGGGUCGGGCUCAGCCCCAGCCGCCCCAGAAGCUUCUGCCUCCCCCAAACAGCGGCGCUCCAUCAUUCGUGACCGGGGACCCAUGUAUGAUGACCCCACUCUGCCUGAAGGUUGGACCCGAAAGCUUAAGCAAAGGAAAUCUGGCCGCUCCGCUGGGAAGUAUGAUGUGUAUUUAAUCAAUCCCCAGGGAAAAGCCUUUCGCUCUAAAGUGGAAUUGAUUGCAUACUUCGAAAAGGUAGGCGACACCUCCCUGGACCCUAAUGAUUUUGACUUCACGGUAACUGGGAGAGGGAGCCCCUCCCGGCGAGAGCAGAAACCACCUAAGAAGCCCAAAUCUCCCAAAGCUCCAGGAACUGGCAGAGGUCGGGGACGCCCCAAAGGAAGUGGCACUGCAAGACCCAAGGCAGCGUCAUCAGAAGGCAUGCAGGUGAAAAGGGUCCUGGAGAAAAGUCCUGGAAAGCUGCUCGUCAAAAUGCCCUUUCAAGGUUCACCUGGGAGCAAGGCCGAAGGGGGUGGGGCCACCACAUCAACCCAGGUGAUGGUCAUCAAACGUCCAGGCAGGAAGCGAAAAGCCGAGGCUGAUCCCCAGGCCAUUCCCAAGAAACGGGGUCGGAAGCCUGGCAGCGUGGUGGCGGCUGCUGCCGCUGAAGCCAAGAAGAAAGCCGUGAAGGAAUCUUCCAUCCGGUCUGUGCAGGAGACUGUGCUGCCCAUCAAGAAGCGCAAGACCCGGGAGACGGUCAGCAUCGAAGUGAAGGAGGUGGUGAAGCCCCUACUGGUGUCCACUCUUGGUGAGAAGAGCGGAAAGGGACUGAAGACUUGCAAGAGCCCUGGGCGGAAAAGCAAAGAGAGCAGCCCCAAAGGGCGCAGCAGCAGCAGCAGCACCUCCUCCCCCCCCAAGAAGGAGCACCACCACCACCACCACCACCAGGAGCCCCAGAAGGCACCCGCGCCGCUGCUCCCACCCCCUCCCCCGCCCCCACCUGAGCCCCAGGGCUCUGAGGACCCCGCCAGCACCCCUGAGCCCCAGGACUUGAGCAGCAGCGUCUGCAAAGAGGAGAAGAUGCCGAGAGGAGGCUCGCUGGAGAGUGACGGCUGCCCCAAGGAGCCAGCUAAGACUCAGCCUCCGGUCGCAACUGCCGCCACGGCCACAGAAAAGUACAAACACCGAGGGGAGGGAGAGCGCAAAGACAUUGUCUCAUCCUCCAUGCCAAGGCCCAACAGAGAGGAGCCUGUGGACAGCCGGACGCCCGUGACCGAGAGAGUGAGCUGACUUUACACAAAGUGGAUUGCAAAGCAAACCAACAAGAAUAAAGGCAGCUGUUGUCUCUUCUCCUUAUGGGUAGGGCUCUGACAAAGCUUCCCAAUUAACUGAAAUAAAAAAUAUUUUUUUUUCUUUCAGUAAACUUAGAGUUUCGUGGCUUCAGGGUGGGAGUAGUUGGAGCAUUGGGGAUGUUUUUCUUACCGACAAGCACAGUCAGGUUGAAGACCUAACCAGGGCCAGAAGUAGCUUUGCACUUUUCUAAACUAGGCUCCUUCAACAAGGCUUGCUGCAGAUACUACUGACCAGACAAGCUGUUGACCAGGCUUCUUAGGGUACGCCUGCACCUCCCCUCCCUUCCACACCUCCCCCCAGUGUGGUCACGAGGGACAGAGAGCAGUUGAGACGACAUGCCCAUUUUCGCUGCCAUUGGUACCCCAGUCACAGCUCUCCUCUCCCUCCACCCUGCCCUGCCUCCAGCUCCCCCACUCCUGCCCAUACCGGGACAAGGAGGUGUGAGGCCAGAGAGACAGAUUCUUUCGAAAGAUGGAGAUGGCCCGCGGCUACAGCCCAUGUGAUCCCACCCAAAGUGGCAUGGAUCUGGCCCCACACCAGCCCCAUCCAAAACUGACAAGGACCUUUCACAGGACAGGGAAGUAGCACCUGUGCGCUCCAGCGCUGGCGUGGCCGCGAGGGAGUCGUCCUUUGAGCUGCUGGGUGUAGUCUGGCCUAAGCCACAGGAGAGUGUGGCCCACAGCCGUCCUCCAGUGGGUGGCGCUAGAGAGAAGCCGUGGAGGCAGCAGGGUGUAGCUGGCCCUCUGGCCAGCCAAACCCGCAGGCGACGGGAGGGAUUCCGAGUCGCUCUGAACAGUCUGCAACUGAUAGUGACAGGCACAGUGAACAGGGCCAGGGGUAGGGGUAGGGCGCCAAGGGAAAGAGGGAAAAAUGUUCUUCCAAAACUUUCCAAUUCUACUCCUUUAGGGACAGCUUAGAACUAUUUGCACUAUUUGAGUCUUCAUGUUCCCACUUCAAAACAAACAUGCUUUGAGAGCAAACUGGCUUGAGUCGGCAACACUUUGUCUCUCAAGGCACAGACAUGGCGGUGUUUAGAACUACCUGGAUAUGUAUAUACCUGCGCUUGUUUUAAAGUGGGCUUAGCACAUAGGGUUCCCACGAAGCUCCGAAACUCUAAGUGUUUGCUGCAAUUUUAUAAGGACUUCCUGAUUGGUUUCUCUUCUGUCCCAUUUCUUCUUCUUUCAUUUCAUCUUUUCAUUUCUCCCUUCUUCCUCCUCGUUCAUCCCUUCUGUUCCAGGCAGCCGAGUGCCCCACUAUACCCUAAGCUGAUGCUGGUCAGCUCAGGCCCCCAGAACUCGCCCACCUUUGGCCUUCUGGCUGCCAGCCCCACCCCAUUCUUAGCCCUGAGGAAGCGCCUGGCUCUGCUGAGUCUGCCCGGCCUUACCACCUUGGCCUCUCUGAAGGGGAAGAGAGCAGCAAGGUCUUCCUCUCCUAGGGAGCCCUCAUCCCUGGUCAGACCCCAGAUUCUGGGCCUUCCCAACUUUUCACUUGAGAGAAGCAGGUGGGAGAAGUUGGAUGGGAUGUGGAUUUGGGAGCCUAGGGCAGCAUAGAGGCCUCUCUGGCCUAUCAGAAUUAUCAAAUGACCCAGCCCUGACCUUGGCCUUUGCUAGGCCCCACUAGCACGUCCAUUGAGACAGGGCAGCGGGUAGAACGAAUGCAGAUGCCCCCAGCCCUAAGCUGGGACCAGCGCCUAGCCCCCUGCCCCACCCCUCUGUUCCUCCUCUACCUAGGAGGGGUUCUUUUAUGACAGGAGAGGUUUGGCUUUCCCUUGCUGGAGGCUGGGUGGGGCCAGUACAUACACAUCUCCACAUCCUCGCCCGCCUGGGAUGUGGGGUGGGGGCUUCGAGGCUUGGGCUUCCCGUAGUGUGUUAACUGAUGAGUUUUCCAUCCUCCGUUCAGGAAGUCCUUAUCUAGCUGCAUACCUUCAUCAUAUUGGUAUAUCCUUUUCUGUGUUUACAGAGACGUCUCUUAUAUCUAAAUCUGUCCAACUGAGAAGUACCUUAUCAAAGUAGCAAAUGAGACAGCAGUCUUAUGCUUCCAGAAACACCCACAAGCACGUCCCAUGUGAGCUGCUGCCAUGAACUGUCAAGUGUGUGUUGUCUUGUGUAUUUCAGUUAUUGUCCCCUGGCUUCCUUACUGCAGUGUAACCAUGAAGGAGUGAAACAUUCUAGAAACUGUCUAGCCCUUCCCUGCCAGUCCUUAGUGAUCAGGAACCAUAGUUGACAGUUCCAAUCAGUAGCUUAAGAAAAAAACGUGUCUGUCUCUUCCAGAAUGGUUAGAAGCAAGGGAGUUUGCCCCUUUGUUUGCAGUCAUAGCUGGCCUUUCUAGCAUUUUUGUAUCCAUUUCCUUAUGCUGCACAAGCAAGUCCCACAACCAAACGUGCUGUGCUGUCGACCCUCCAGGCUUCACUUCUGACUUCUCCCCAGAAAGGGAAGGGGGCUCAGAGGAGGGGGCAAGUCCUUCCAGACCCCUCUUCCUCCAAGGACAAAGGCUCCUGACCCUGCAGUGGCCUCGCAUUCCUGGCAGCCCCAAAGGAUGCCUAUCCGUACAAGCAUGGUGUACAGCCAGUUUGUCAUGGAGACGCUGUCCAUUUUGGUCAGGUUUUUAUGCACAAUGCUUAGCCAGUGAAAGUGGCUCCUGAAACCGGUGUCAGGAGCUGGCCGCCCAUUGGCUCAGUCCCAUCUGGGCCUGGGGAGAGGGGUACAGGGCCCACCGUGGCCCUGCUUCACGCACGACAGUUCAUUCAAAGGCUGGCUGGGCAUUGUGGUCGAGAACGCGGCCCCCCAGCUUCUUCCCCCAGGGUUCCAAAGCUGCAGGCGGCGCCUGAGCGCCUUACAGUCUUCUUUCUCCCCCUCUCCUUUCUUCCUCAUUCCCUCCUCUUUCCCAAAUAAAGGCAUGACAAGUGAGUCACCUUUAAGCAGGCCGUCGUGGUGGUUUGUCGCCCUGGCAGGCAGGUGCCCUGCAGCGCCCCGCCACCCCUCUCCUGGGGUCAGGUAGACAGGAGGUUGGAGGGAAAGCCUAAGCCACAGGAUUCUCACAAGCUGUGUUUGGCCCAGUUUGGGGGUGUGACCUCAAUUUUGUGUGUCCUUGAAUACCAUGAAAAUGGAGGGGGGCAUCUUUUAGGGACUGAAGAAUACAGGAAUUGGCCGGCAGCUUUCAGAAACCUGUGGGGCUAGGUCACGGUCACAUUCAGUCUCCCCGACCUCCGUUCUAGUUGUUAGUUACUACCUCCUCUCCCAGCGCAAUUCUGUAUGUCCUCGAGCUCCCACCACGCCUGGCCCAGCUCAGUCCUGCCCAUUGGUGGGCUUGUCCCAACCAGUGGAAUUGCCCACCUUGACGCUGCACUGCACUGGGGACACUGGGCCACCACCAGGCUCUAGUACAGCUCCCUUCUACUGGUGCUGUGUUCCCAUAUCAAAAUGCACAAGAGACAACUAGAAAUGCCAUGUCCCCCAGGCCACCAGUGCCAAACCAAGGAGCCCAGCCCCUUAGCUCCCAGGAAGCUGAAAGCCAAAGUGGUAGCCUUGGGGGUGCUGACCCCAGCCAGCACCUGGCUUCUACUCUGGACACUCCAUGCAGGUGCAGGUAACAAGUUUGUUCAGUGGCAUCAUUCCACGCUAGAGGUCACUAACAGUGGCAAUGGGACCCGGAGCAGCCCCAAGUUGUCACAUGCUGCUCUGCCCAGCUUGUCAUUACUGUGGCAGAGAUCAUGAAAGAGGGUACUAGUUGGCAACAACGUUUGGUUGGAAAGGAGUUUCCUUAGCUGAUGAGACUUCUGGAUUUUAAGUAAUUUAAUAAACAACUCAAGCCCCAGAGGGAGCAAAGGGUAUGAACUGAAUCCACCAGGGGAGGCCAACUGGACCUGGAGGAACCCAAGUGCAGUCUCGCAGCUGAGCUCUGCCCUUUUCUGGAACACCGGGGAGGUCACAGGUACUAGUUCUUGGAGGAGACCUUUGGCGCAUCCAUUCCUAGCCAGUGUCGUUGCCCCGAAUCGUUUCCUGAUGCAAGUUUCACACACUGAAUCUGUAGCCCAGACCUCAGGAAGUCAGCUGGGCCUAGAGCCCUGUGGGGGUUUGCCUAGCCAGCCCCCGAGUUCACUGAAGGCGGUGUAGGUGCCGGGGGGGCAGGCUCCCUGCUCCUGGCCGCUGCCACGCCCAAGGGCCCGCUCUGCUGUGCUCGCUGUGGGGGUUCCAUCUUUGCUUUUUUCAUCAGCAGACUCCACUCUAGUGGGUUUGUUCAGCCUCCAUUUUUGCUUUUUUUCUUUUAAAUAUUUUAUCAAUCUUCAGAAAAGGCAUAGUCAAUUGUUAACAAAUUGCUAGGAUACUGCCUCCCCCAGGGUCUAAAGUUACAUAUUAAAGGGGAAAAAGUGAAUGAAACUUACUCUGAACAAUUCAGAAGGAAAACCUAGAAAACAUUUGGCAGAAAAUAACAUUUUGCUGUUUCUGAAUGAAUAAGAGCAAGUUCUUGCAAAAACGCUGAUCAAAAAACACCUGGAGCCUGACAGUGCGGCAGGUGAAGGGAGGUCCAGCCUGAAGCCAUUGGGUCUGAGACUUGGGGCCAUCUUGUCACUGAGGAGCCUGUCGCUCCUUGGGUAGCAGUCCUUGAGGACUUGGCUGCCACCCUGUCCCGUGGGGUGGCCUGGAGGUUAUUGGCCUGCCUGAUCCCAAAGCUGCACGAGCCCAGCCCUUGGUGUGGGAAGCAGAGUGUCACCAGUGACUCCGGAGGCCUGUGACAUUCUCACCACUCAGCACUGCCUGUCAGGAAAAACAAUUUCUAACUAAGGCCCAGGCAUCUAGGGAGAAGAGGGUGAUGUCUCCCCCCGGAACACUGGUUGCAGCCUGUCCCAAGGACACCCCUGCACUGCUCUCCAUGCAGCCUACGGCUGGGACAAAUGUCACUCCCUCUGAAGUCCUGAGGUGGGGGCUGCCACCUGAGUGCCGCCUGUGCUGUGAGUCCUGCCCCUGGGCCAGUGGGAGGAUAGUGCAGCAGGUGAAACCCUCCUGCAGGGGAACCUUGCAGUUUCAGAGCACUUGGGGAACCUGCCAAUUGCCUUUGCUCCCUUAGCUCCCCCUUUCUAUCUUACCUUUUCUCAGGUUGUGCUCAGCAGCGAGAGAAAAUGAGAGGAAAAGGCCAAGAGCCUGGGCUGCUGCCCACGGGUGGUCCCUAUCCCUGCAGUGUUUGUGUGUCAAGUGACAAAGCUGUUCUUCCUGGUGACCCCGAUUAUAUCCAGUAUCUUACAGACUAUACACACAGGCCUGCUCGGUCUCCUCUAUCUGGGCUUUUGUUUUGCUUUUUAGUUUUGCUUUUAGAUUUUCUGUCCCUUUUAUUUAAUGCACUGACUAGACACACAAAGCAGUUGAAUUUUUAUAUAUAUAUAUCUGUAUAUUGCACAAUUAUAAACUCAUUUUGCUUGUGGCUCCACACACGUAAAAAAAGACCUGUUAAAAUUAUACCUGUUGCUUAAUUACAAUAUUUCUGAUAACCAUAGCUUAGAACAAGGGAAAAUCAAAAAACACACAAAACACACACUCAAAAAAAAAAACGACAAGUCUGUCUGCUGGUCACUUCUUCUGUCCAAGCAGAACUGUGUUCUUUCCUCGCUUCUUUCAAGGGCUUCCCUGUGCCAAGUAAAGGAGGCUCCAGGUAGCAUCCGGGUUUCGCAGUUUCUCCUGCGCUGGUGAGAGGACAGUUCACUGCAUCAGUGGGUGCAAGAGCACUCCUGUGCCUGGCUAAGGCCAUGAUGUACUUGGUACUGUCUGGUCCUCUUGGACCUCUGGGUGGGACGAUGAGAGUCCAUGGGGGUGGCCCAACCCAAGCACAUCACCCCCCCCUCCAGUGACUCGGGCAGAGUGGUCCCGUGUGGAGAGUUGGCUCAGCAGACCUCCCUAUCGGUAGGGCUCCCACCUCAGUGAGUCUGGGGGCUGGAGGGGAGAUGGGAAACCUGUGGCAUCCUUGAAUGUGUGAGCCACACCAUGUGGAACACCGGGGACCCCAGAACCAUGUGCAAGAGUCCAGUGGGUCUCCUCCAGGAGUAGUGAAGACUCCAGAAACAUACCUUCUCCCCCAUCCUACGAGUAAUUGCAUUUGCUUUUGUAAUUCUUAAUGAGCAAUAUCUGCUAGAGAGUUUAGCUGUAACAGUUCUUUUUGAUCUUUUUUUAAGUAAUUAAAAACACCAAAAAAAUGCAGAAACUUGUUCUUCCAAAGCAGAGAGCAUUAUAAUCACUGGGGCCAAAAGCUCCCCUCCCUGUGUCACUACUGAGGCCUGAACCAAAAGAAAAAUGCUUGUAGGCCCGUUGGUGGCCAAGCUACCUGUGGGCCCCUCAGAGGACCUGGGCUGGGGCAGCCUCCAGGCCCACUCCAGCCUGCGUUCAGUAUUAGCCCUGGGUCUUGACAUCCUUUCCCACCCAGCCUGGCACUGGGGCAGUGGAGGCCAGGAGGCUGUUGCCGCUGAUGUUUGGCCACUAACAGGUGGGAGUCUGCAUGUGUUCACAGGCGUGCUGACCGAAAUCUGAAUCGGCGCCCGAGUUAGCCUCACCUGGGGACCUCUUGCCCUGCCCGGAUGGAGCAGGGGCCACCCAGUUCAGUGUUUCUGGGGAGCUGGACGGUGGAAUGCAAAAAAAAGGCUUGCUAGAACUUGAAGCCUGCUCCUUCCUUUGCUAUCAAGGCCUCCUUUUCUGUUUGAUUUGUCACUGCUUCAAUCAAUAACAGCCGCUCCAGAGUCAGUAGUUGAUGAAUAUAUGACCAAAUAUCACCAGGACUGUUACUCAAUGUGUGCCGAGCCCUUUCCUCGCGCCGGGCUCCCAUGUACCCUGACACUGUAACGUGUGCUGUGUCUGCUCUCCUCCCCUCCUCCCUCGCCCUCCCCUUGUCUUUCUGGGGUUUUUCUGUUUGGAUUUGGUUUGGUUUUUACUUCUCCUUUUAUGUUCCAAACACGAGGUUCUCUCUACUGGUCCUCUUAACUGUGGUGUUGAAGCUUAUAUUUGUGUAAUUUUUGGUGGGUGAAAGGAAAUUUGCUAAGUAAAUCUCUUCUGUGUUUGAACUCAAGUCUGUAUUGUAACCAUGUGUAAAGUAAUUGUUCCAGAGACAAAUGCUUCUAGACACCUUUUCUUUACAAACAGAAGAAUUUGGAGGGAAGGGAUGGUGACCAAGAUGAGCGGGGCUGUCCUUUUGUCCCAGGAGGGAAUCCCCAAAGAGAUGACCCCUGUCCAGAUCAGCCAGAAGCCACCCAAAGAAGUUAAGCCCAAGCCAACGGACUGAAUAGCUGAUGUGUUGCCAUUUUUGGAGUCAGAGCAAAACCAGGUUUUGUUCUACCCACUGGAUUCUUUUGCCUUUUUCCCCACCAAGAGUUAUUAGCAUCAUUGUUAUUUUUAAGGACAGACAAGGUUGAUGUUUCUGUGAGGGGAGCCAGGAGGGGCAUGGGCAGAACUGGCCUUGCUUGGUGGGAAGCAGAUGGGGCGGGCCUGAGUAGCAGGGCUCAGACCUGGGUGGUCAUCUCCCUGGACACCUCCACUGUGGCCACAGGUCAGGUCUUUGUGGAUAGGGCAGACCGGCCACUCUCUGCCUGACACAGCUCUUCAUGGCAGGCCUAGACAGUGGGCAUUACCAUUCAGGCCACCUACACUCCAUCCCACCCUGCCCUGCAGUGCACAGCCCGGGAACAUGGUGGCAGAGGGGUCUUGGCACUCUUUGCUGUCAUCCAAUCCCCAGCAAAAUUUGCACACGAAGAAACCCCUUCCCUUCCCAUGGCAAAGCAGAUCCUUCUCAGAGAAGCCAAUACCCCACCAGACAUUUGGGCUUAUGAAACAGGGACACCUGGUGGCCCCUCCUCUGAAAGGCAAGGACAGUGCUGACUAGUGACUGUUUGCACAUGGGGUUUAGUAGCAGGAAGAACCAGUUAGGGUGGCUGCCCCUUCCCAAGUCACAGUGACACCGGCCACCCUGUGCAGAGGAAGCCGGCUCCAGCCCAGAAGCCCAGCUAAGGGUAGGGGAGAUGUGUGUGAGGCGUGGGGAGCUGCCCAGGACAGACUUGGCUGGACAUGCCUCGAAAAGCCCUCUAUCGCAUUCACCUUCAGUUUUUGUGUUUUGGGACAAUUACUUUAGAAAAUAAGUAGGUCGUUUUAAAAACAAAAAAAUACUGAUUGCUUUUUUGUAGUGUUCAAAAAAGGUUCUUUGUGUAUAGCCAAAUGACUGAAAGCACUGAUAUAUUUAAAAACAAAAGGCAAUUUAUUAAGGAAAUUUGUACCAUUUCAGUAAACCUGUCUGAAUGUACCUGUAUACGUUUCAGAAACACCCCCCCCCACACUGAAUCCCUGUAACCUAUUUAUUAUAUAAAGAGUUUGCCUUAUAAAUUUACAUAAAAA